AUAUUUCUGCCCGCAGUUAAGAUUAACUUGAAAAGUAAAAACCAUUUGUAAAUUUUGAACCCCAAGUUUUCAAUACUAUCAUUUUUGAAUAAUAUUACCAACCGGCAUUGUCCCCAUUGUAGAAUUUCCUCCCGACUUAAGCGCACACCUUUUUAAUCUUAAUUGCGCAUUCGUUCCUAAUUAAAUAAUUUUCCUUUUGAAAACAGCACAACCAUGGCGGUAAGGCCAGAACCGAAAGUAGACGUUCCUAAGGGUGACUACCAGAAGGGUGCCAAGCUUUUUAAGGCCAAGUGUGCGCAAUGCCACACGAUAAAUAAAGGCGGAGCGGUAAAGCAGGGCCCUAACCUACACGGGUUCUACGGCAGAAAAUCUGGAGAAGCCGAUUUCCCAUAUUCGGAUGCAAAUAAAAACUCGGGCAUUGUCUGGUCGGAUAAGCAUUUGUAUGAAUAUCUACUGAACCCUAAGUUAUAUAUCCCAGGAACGAAAAUGAUUUUUGCUGGAAUUAAGAAGGAGAAGGAAAGAGCGGAUUUGAUUGAGUACUUGAAGAAGGCUUCCUCGGAGUGAUGCCCGCAGGUACUGAAAUGGGCAAAUGAAAAGGAUGUGAAAUGAGUUGAACGUACGCUUUGGGGGUGAACGGGGGAUGCGUGUCAAAUUUUGUCAACUGGUUAAGUAGUGGAGAAGCCCACUUGCUUACGUCGCGUUAUGCAAAGUGUAACGCCCAUUUGUGUGAUGCAUUUUAGAAUGCCGUUGACAUCGUGCACAGAGGAGCAGGGCUUUGUUUCCCUACAUUUCUCU